UCUUUUCUGUUUUUUUAGAAAUGUGCAAUUAAUGACGAAAUAUGUUGUCUUGUAAUGAAAAUAUUGUGUAUUCAUAGUGUACACUUUACUGAAUUAAUUAUUUGCGUCGCGUUUAGAAUAUAAUAACACGUACUAUUGUAAAUUGCAAAUUCAUACAAUGGCAUUGCGAAAGUUAAUGCAUCCAAGAAAUAAAUAUAAAAAGAGUCCUAAUUUUAAACAACUUGCUCUUUUGUAUCCAGAAUUUCGAAAAGUUGCAGUUACGGAUCUCACAGGAAAAGUGCAUAUUGACUUUAAAAAUGAAGAAACUUUGCGUAUUCUUACCAGAGUAUUAUUAAAACAUGACUUCGAUCUCACAGUAAAGAUACCACAAAAUAAAUUAGUACCAACUUUACCUUUACGUUUGAAUUAUAUUUUGUGGAUUGAAGAUUUGAUGACACAUGCCUCUUUUACUAAAAUGGAAAAUGUUAAAGGCAUUGAUAUUGGAACAGGAGCAGUUUGUAUAUAUCCUUUAUUGCUGGCAAAAAUAUAUGGAUGUUAUAUGUUUGGAACAGAAGUUGACGACACAAGUAUUGAAUCAGCAAUAGAAAAUGUUAAGAAUAAUAAUCUAGAAAAUUUAAUUCAAGUGAUCAAAGUGGAUAAAAAUAAAAUUCUGAAAGAAACGAUAGAAGAAAAUGAAACUUUUCAUUUUAUAAUGUGUAAUCCUCCAUUUUUUGAAACUGAAGAUACAUCAGAUAAAGUAAUAAAACAACAACCACCAAGAAAUGCUCCUACUGGCAGUAAUAAGGAACUAAGCAUUGAAGGAGGUGAAAAAUUAUUUGUAACAAAAAUGAUUGAAGAGAGUAUACAGAUUGGUGAAAAGAUAAAAAUAUAUACUUCUAUGUUUGGAAAAAAAAAUAGUUUAUUCUACUUUGUCAAAUUAUUAAAGGAACAUAAUAUAAACAAUUUCACAUGGACAGAAUUUUGUCAAGGCCACACAAAACGAUGGGGUUUAGCAUGGUCUUUCUUGUCAAUAGAUGUAUGUGAUUUGACAAAAGCACCUGUUAUAAGAGAAAGCAAUAUCAUGGAUAAGUUUUCAAAAGAUCACUCACCUUUGGAAAUAAUAUUUCCCAUGCAAGAUAAAUAUCUACUAAUUAACGAUGUUAUUAUAGAAUUAAAGAAGAUAAUUAACAGUUUACAGAUAAAUAUAAAAGAGUUAGAGUUACAAAAAAAUACGUUGAGUGAAUGGGGAUGUCAACUCACAGCACAAAAUGAUACAUGGUCGCAUGCGCGUAGAAAACGUCGUUUAGCCGAAAGACAAAGUAAAGAUUGCAAAAAAGUAAAUAUAGAAAGUACUCUAGUUACAGAGCAAAUUAAUGUAGAAUCUGAAAUCAGAAAAACACAACAUAUGGAUGUAAAAAAUGAAGAUACACAGUUUGUUUCUACAAAAGACACAGAAAUAUCUGAUCAUAAAGGUCCUUUGUUAAUUUUCAAUUUAUUUCUUAACAUAUUAGAGGAUGAACAAGAUCCUGAAAAAAAAAAUGUAAAGAUUAGUUUAUUUUUCGAAAGUGGAAGUGGUGGGAGAAAUACACUGGAAACAUUGAGACAAUAUUUGAUAAACAAAUUAAAUGUCCGAAUAUAUUUUCAACAAUUUUGUUCUAAAACAAAUAAAAAGAGAAGAAAAAAAUUCAAGAAAGCAAAGAAAGAUCCUCCCUCUAAAUUAAAUAAACGAGAAAAAGAAAAAAAAUUAAAUAUUUCGUCAGCUGAGGACAGUGCAGAUUCAUUUUAGAUUGUAUUAAUUUUGUAUAACAAUGAGAAACAACGUAUUUCACACAAUAAUUUUAUCAACAUAUACAAAAGGGGGUAAAGUGUAUGAAUCUGUUUUAAAAUUAUAUAUGGCAUGGUAAUAAAUCGCUAAUUCAGAUCUUUCACUACUGUUAAUAGACAUGAUUCUUUAUGCAUCUAAAUACUAUUUUUAUUUACUAUUUAUAUUGCAAUAAAACAGUCUGUUUUGUUUUUCAUGGUAACUUCUAAUAUUUUGAAGCUAGUUUGUUUCAAUCAUAAUGAUUUCUAAAAAUAAAGCUGAAAUAUGACAUAUAUAUUUUUUUUAAAUGAUAAAUUUGUGAUUCAUGUAAUAGAGAAAAAAAAAUAUUAACACCUUUGUAAUAAUCACUGAUAUCUUAGCAUUACUUAUAGUAUAAUUAAUGAUUAUAUUAAACUAAUGCUACUCUAGCAGUAAUUUGACUAAUGAGUUGCAUCUGUAUGUAGAUGAUUACAAAUGUAAUAAUGUAGGUGCCAUUAUGUCACAUUCCUCGUUAUUGUUUAUCCUAUGCAUAUUAAAAGGCAAAUGCAUUAUUUAUAAUGUUCAAUAUUUGCACAGAAGUAAAUGAAUUUAAAAAAUAAUGAUCAGGAAGCCCUUUAACGCGAAUUUAAUGAAAUCUAACUAAUGAAAAGUAAAAUUUCAUGAUAUACGAAUGUAAAAAUGGCAUUAUACAUUUCUCUAUCAUUGGUAACAAGAAUGAAAAACAAUAUAAGUGUAUUUUUAUGACACAAAAUGAUCACUUUUUCAAAAUAUACUAAUGAAGUAUACUAUGUAUAACUAUAAAAAAGAGAAAACAAAUGACUUAAAUGUUAAUAACGUGUCAAUGAAUAUUCAUAGUUCAUUAAAAAAAAAAAAAAAAAAAAAAAAAGAAAAAAAAAAGAAAAAGAAAUAAAAUAAAACGAACACUGUCUUAACAUUUCCGUUAAAUCUCCUCUCACAAACAAUUACUAAAGAACAUUAAAAGUAAGACAAAAUAAAUCAACAAAUAAUCAAAAUUUGACGUAUCUAUGUGUGAGUACAUGUUCGUGCACGCGCGCGUGUAUAUGUUACGAUAUAGUUUUGCCAUGAUGAAAGUAUAAAUAUUCAAGGCCUUAGAAAAAUGCUUUGCAAUUAUGAAAACUUCUUGUUCUUCGAUUUUAAUGAAUUUUUUCAAUUACACGUAGACCUUCUUUUGUAUCUGGUCAAAUGAAUUUACCACGCUGGUAAAUUUUCUCCUUAUAAGAGAUAAGAUCUCUUUGAACGUUAUUUACAUUGAACAACAAUUGAAUUUGUUUAUUGUAUCUGAUUAUGAUAUAGAAGGGCCAAGUAAAAUCCGCAACAUUUUAAAGAGCGAACGUCACAGAUCUGAUGAAAGUACGUAUUUUUUCUUUUUUUUUUUUUUUCUUUUUUUUUUCUUUUUUUUUUUUUCCUUUUUCUUUUUUUUUCUUUUUCUUUUCUUUUUUUUUUCUUUUUUUUGCAAAUGCGCUCCUUCCCACAUAUUGAUUACGACUUUGAAACACUGCACUGCAAAAGUUCCAACAUUAUAGCACUAUAAACAAAUAUAAUGCACUAUUUGACAAUCCUAUUACAAAGACACUGCCCCACUCCGAUUUUAUUCCAAUCGUAUAUGUGUUCUUAUAAGCGUUACCUUUCGAAAGGACAAACGCGGGCAUGAUGAGAGAGACUAGGAUUUGAAAAUGAUACUACUAACUCUUUCUAUAUCUGUAUGCAUAUAAAAAGCUCAGCUUUCUGCCAUGACCGGUUCUAAUGUUGCUUUAGUCUCUUCUAGCUUUUUCCCUUCUGACUUUUGUUCAAUUUUUCGAUUUUCCUUCUCGUUCUUUUUGCUUUCAGUAGUUUCGAUCGCUUUGCUUUCGUUAUCCGGCGAUUGUUCUUUCUGUCGCUUUUCAAUUUCCGCUUUGAAAUUUUCAAUAUCCUGCUGACUGAUUUGUACGAAAAGAAUACCAUUUAUCACAUUUAACAUGUCAAGAACCGAACCCAUACUAGGUGGUUGCACUUGAAUAGGCGGCAAUGUAACUCCUGACUUUCCCGUGUAAAUUUCAUUCAUCUUCUUUUGUAAUACUACGGCUUGUUGCGUAAGAUGUCUCAGACAGUCACUACUUUCUUUUGUUUUUUCAUGAUCUUCGCCCAAUUGUUGUUUAUAAAUCGCGUAAGUUUCUUUUUCAUUGUUUAAGGCUGCACGGAAAUCACCCAUACAUGAUUGGGUCCUUGCAACAAGAUGAUAAGAUACUGCUACUUUCAAUGAACGCGGACCAUGAUAACGAAGAUUUAAAUCCAGAGCAUGUUCCAAAAAUCUAAGUGAUAAUUCAUACUCCCCAACGGCAUGUAAUAUUAAAGAAAUGUUACUCUAAGAGCUACUUCCGGAUGAUCUUCACCACAAACUAACAAUGCGAGAUAACGUGCUCUGUAUAAUAAUCGUAACGAUACGGAAACUUGACCAUUUGCAAAAGAAUACAAUGCGAGAUGAAUCUAGUAAUGAGAGAAAGAGAGAGAGAGAAAAAAAAAGAUAAAUUUCCGACAAUGUUAUGAAUCUAGUAAUGAAGGGGGAAAAAGAAAAAUAAAUAAAUUUCCAACAAUAUUUAAAUAAAUAUAAUUGUGGAAAGAAAUUCAUUUCGUUUCGAACACUUACAUAUUCCGUGAUAGUAUAUGGAUGAUCUAUACCAUUCACUCUUUCUGACAUGAGUACAGCUUUUUGUUGGGUUGCUAAUGCUUCUCCAUGAUCUCCCAUUAUAUAAUUCAACCUUGCAAGCAUUCUAAGACAUUGUGCAAUUUCAGGAUGCAUGGCUCCAUAAACAUUGUUCAAUAAAUUCAAUGCUUCGCUUAUUAAUUCAUAUCCAUCCUUCAAAUAACCUUGUUGAAUCUUGCUCUGUCCAGUUGUAUAAAAGUUAUAAGCAUCACUAGCCUGUAAUAAUAUUAAACGAUUGUUGUCCUUUAAUUUCUUUUUCUUUUUUUCUUUUUAAUGCUUUAAGAUAAUUAAUUUAUAUGUAAUUUGUAUUCAACUCACUCUAGGGUUGAUAUGUUUAACAACAGGGAAAAUAUUUAAGAUGUCUUCCUCAAAGAACGUGGCUCUAUUUCUAUUUUCAAAAUUAUAUUCACGAAGUAAUAUCUGAAUUCCCGUUUUUAUGCAAAAACCACGAAGCAAGGAAAUCUUUUGUAGAUGGAAAUGUUCGAUCGUAGCAUCCAAUGAUUCCGGUGUUGGUGUCUCCCAAUCGUAAUAACUUUUCAGAUCUGCUUUAAUUUGUUGCCAAAGUGAUUUUGGUGUCAAGGAUGCCCAUUCAACUUCCGAUUGUUGUGGUCCAUUAUUUCUACCCUUUCUUUUAUUACGUCUUUUUGCUGUUUUACUUUGCAACUGAAAAUAAACAAUAAUUAUCGUCGGAACAAAUAUUACUUUUUCUUUUUUUUUUUUUUUUCUUUUAUAUGUCGUAUAAAAUGUUUUACAGUAACAUACUUCUUCAAGAUUUUGUUGAGGAUGUAUGAUUUGUGCUGAAGAUAAUAAACAAUUUAAGAAAUGACUGAUAGCUGCUGAGAGACUCAUUAAUUCUGUACCCUGAAAUAUAAAAUAAUAUUAGAUAAAGAAAGAGAGAAAACAGAGAGGCGGGGGGAGAACACUUUUUUGAAUAAUUUUUUAAUCAAUAUCUUGAUAAUUUACCUGCAUAUAAGACGUGAAAAUAUGUUUUGCUGAACGUAAAAUAAGUUCUGAAACGGCAAUACGAUUGAGAUAUCGUAACUGGGGUACUGCAGCUAACAUGACCGCUAGUUUUCCAAGAUAACGAACGUUAAUACCUCUACCAUGUAAAGCUUCUAUCAACGUGCUACCAUCCAUGGCAGCGGCCGUAUGAUCUAAACAUUCUCGAAUCUAAAAUUAAUAUUAAUUUGUAAUGAAAUUAAAUGUAGUUAACAUGAAAAGAUAAUGUUACUAUUAUAUACAAAUGGACUCACAAAAGUUGGGAGUUGUACAGUCAAUAGGAAAUCUGCAGCAUCUUUGACCAAUUGUUUUUGUUUCUUCAAUGCAACGUCAUUUGGAUCUGGAUGACGAACUCCAGGCGAGAAAACAUCCGGAUUAAAUCUUACAUCAAAUUCCGCAUCUCGUAAACUUCCAACAGCUGCUGCAGCUCUACGAACUAUUUCUUUAGUACUUUCUUCCACUGUUAAAAGAAAAAAAAAAGAAAAAAAAAAAGAAAAAAAAAAGAAAAAAAAAUAGCAAA